GUUCUCAACUUCUCACAGUCGCCUAUUAGCUUCAGUCCGUCAGGCGUUGAGGCGUGAGAACAGAGGCGUCACUUCAGUCCGUCUGUCCCGCAACCGCAGCAACCCCGUCGCCGUUCACCGGCCGUUUUUCGUGCUCCAUCACUCCUUGUUCUCACCGUCGGCCGUCGCCUAUAUAAGCUUCGUCCUUCAGGCUCAGGCGUGACUCGUGACUUCGUGAGGCGCACUUCAGUCCUUCUGUGAAUUCGAUUUUUUUUUGAGUGUUCUCUUGAGUCUUUCUCAAUUGACGCGUUUGAUCGGAGCUUUCUCUCCUCUAAUGAAGCAUAAGCAGCUUUCAAGGUCUUCCAAAGCGAAUUCCAAUGGUGGCAGUGAAAUUACAGAGAAAUCUCGAGUUUGUGUGAAGAAUUUGCCAAAAUACCUUACUUUGAAUCGUUUCAAAGCUCACUUUACCCAAAUAGGGGAGCUCACUGAUGCCAUGCUUCUCCGUACCAAAGACGGGACGAGUAGGCGUAUGGGCUUCCUUGGGUACAGGACUGAGCAACAAGCGGAAGAGGCUAUCAAAUAUUUCAACAAAUCCUAUGUAGAUUGCUGCAGAAUUGUUUGUGAGGUUGGUUGGAAAUCUGCAGAUCCAAAUAUUCCUCGCCCUUGGAGUCGGUACUCAAAGGAGAAAGAGAAUUCUGUUGAAAAAAAUAUAUUGGUUUCUGGCAUUGAUGCUAAAAUAGAAAGGAAGACCAACAACAAUAUUAAUGAAAGUUAUGAUCCUAAGCUUCAAGAAUUUCUCCAAGUUAUGAGGCCAUGUUCUAAAAGAAAAUUUUGGGCCAAUGAUCUAGAAUCUCCUAUGUGUAAACAAGCUUGUACCGCAAGAGAGAAGCCUGCUCAGUUAAAUCAACAAGUUUGGAAUAAGUCCAUAGAAAUAGAUAAAAGUGCUCAAAAGGAGGGUGGGAUGCAUCAUGAAAACCCAACAAAAUCUCAAAAAAUGGCUUGUGAUUCUUCAGAUAUGGAUUACUUUAAAAGCAGAAUUAGAAAAGACUGGUCUGAUUCACAAAGUGAUACUGAUGAAAAUGGUAUUAAUUUAAGUCAGGGUAAUGGUUGUCCUCUUCGAGGAAUAAUUCAGGAGCAGCAGGAUAUUCAUGGAAACUUUGAUUUAAAGAAACAAGAAUGUAUGCUAAAAGGUGGUCUUCACGAUGAAUCGAUAAACUUUGGUAACCAAAGUUUUCAUUUAGAAGAUGCAGACAAAAUGCUUCAAACCUCUCGUAUUUAUGUUUGGAAUCUUCCCUAUGCUGCAACGGAAGAUGAAGUGGAAGAGUUCUUUAAUAAAUUUGGAAAGGUCAAAGAUGUCCAUUUAGUCAUUGAUAAAGAGACUAAACAACCUAGAGGUUUUGGCUAUGUUCAUUAUAACUCACCAGAAGAAGCUGCAAGGGUACUUGGUGAUCAUAUUUUCCAGGGGAGAGUUCUUCAUGUAGUUCCAGCAGAAAAUGCACGUGGUUUAAAUAAUUUAGAAAACCAUGUACCUGAGGGAAAAGGCAAAACAUAUAAACAACAUAAGGAGGAAAAGAGGAAGGCCUUGGAAGCAAGUGGUGAUACUCGAGCAUGGAAUACUUUGUUUAUGCGUGCUGAUACUAUUGUUGAGAAUUUGGCUAGGAAAUACGGGGUCAGUAAGAGUGACUUGCUAGAUCGUGAAGCUGAUGAUGUUGCUGUACGCAUUGCUCUUGGAGAAACUAGUAUUAUUGCAGAAACUAAGAAAGCUCUAACAAAAGCUGGAGUAAAUGUGGUUUCCUUGGAGGAAUUUGCUGCUAGGAAAUCUGAAGGUGCUAAUAGAAGCAACCAUGUCCUACUAGUCAAGAAUUUGCCUUUCAGUUCAAGCAAAGAUGAACUCUCUGAAAUGUUUGGCAGAUUUGGGAGUCUAGACAAUGUAAUUUUUCCUCCAACAAGAACAUUGGCGUUGGUUAUCUUUGUUGAACCAGCUGAAGCUCGUGCUGCUUUCAAUUGCCUCCGUUACAAGCGUUACAGGGAUUCUAUAUUGUACUUGGAAUGGGCUCCCAGCAAUAUCCUCUGUCAAGAUCUGAUGCCUAGUGAUGACUCAAACAAUGAUGUUUCCGUGAAGAAUCGAGAAGCUAAGGAAGUUUUACUAAAGCAGCAGCAACCUGAGGAGAUGAACCAAGUUGAAAUUGAUUCUGACGGAGCUGAGUUACGAACUCUGUAUGUGAAGAACCUUCAUUUUGGCACAACCGAUGAAAAGCUGGGGAAGUAUUUCAGGGAAAACGCGAAUGAAGGAAAGGUUUUGAGUGCCAGGGUUGUGAAGCACUUAGAAGGUGGGAAGUAUGUCUCAAGUGGUUACGGGUUUGUGGAGUUUGAUUCUUCAAAGACGGCAAAUAAUGUUCUUAGGGAAUUACAGGGGACUAUAUUGGAUGGACAUAUGUUGAAGUUGCAACUUUCUCAGCCCAAGAAAGAUACGAAAGCUCUUGAGAAAGUUGAGCAGGGUCAAAGUUCCACGAAAUUAAUAGUUAGAAACUUGCCGUUUGAAGCAACAAAGAAGGAGUUAAGGCAAUUGUUCAGUCCUUUUGGUCAGGUAAAAAGUUUGAGGCUUCCGAAGAAUUAUGGGGGAGCAGAACACAGAGGGUUUGGUUUUGUGGAGUAUUCCACUAAGCAAGAGGCCCGGGAAGCAUUGAAAGCGCUAUCCAGGAUCCAUUUUUAUGGGCGGCCGAUGGUUACAGAAAGAGCAAAUGAAGACGAAACUUUGGGAGAACUACGAGCAAGAAUAGCAGCUCAAUACGCCGAUGAUUCAGAGAAGAUUACUAAGAAACGAAAGAUUAUGUAGCUUCUUUAGUUAAUUAAAGUCCUCUAUUAACAUGCCCAUGUUUAUCUUGCUUGAUUGGGUACUUCAUGAGCAAAGUUCGGGACAGUUUAAAGUCCUCUAUUAACAUGUUUAUCAUUGAUUAUAGUUUAUCAAUAGAUCCGCCGUGGUCCAGUUUGUUUUGUGGGAGUUAAUACUUGUUUUGAUUCAUCUAGAUAUCUGAUACAUUUCCUGUAAUUUAUGAAAGAUCAAUGAUUAUUAUUAUGUUUAUUAUUAUUAUUA